AUGAGCAAACAGCUUGAGCUGGCGCUGCUCUCGCUGAUGCCGGCACACGGCUCAGAGCUCCCCCCGUCGCUCGUCGAGCUCGCCGGGUCUCUGCUCGCGCAAUCCCGCAACAGAGCCAGCACCCUCAAAGCCGAAGAAGAGGUGGCUCGGCACUAUGCCUGCGCCAACAUUGCCUGCGACAGGCUGAAAAUUACCCUGGACCUCCCUCCGAUCGAGCCCCGGCCGCCCAUCCCGCCGCGCAUCUACAAGCGGCUCUACACGCACCUAGACAACAUCUUGCCCAACACUUCCAUCACGCCGCGGUCGACGCGCACACGCACUCCCAGCUCAAAGAAGCGCGACUUGGGCGCCUCGCCCGCAUCCAACUCCCGCCAGCUGCCGUCAAGAGGCACGCCCAGCAAGGAGUCCAGCUUGGCGCAGUUUCGGCCGUCACAAGCCGGCCAGGAAACAACACCCUCCAAGUCGACUGCCUAUAAAGACGCCCUCGCCUCCAACGAGGGUCUGCACCCAUGGAUCCGCCAUACUAUUCGCUACCUGUGUAACGAGAUGGGAAACCGAAGACUGGCCCCGACUGUAUUGGCGGGCGUCGAGUCCAUCGUCGCGCCUGCUGGACGGAGAACAGACGAUGCGUGGGUGAGCAAGCACGUCGCGGACUUGGUCGCCACGAUUUACUUCUUCGUCAUUAUGCGUGUUCGAGCCGUGACUUCUGGGGAGGCCAUUGACCGCGAGGGCUACGUCCCUCUACGGAAAGAGAUUCUUGCUCUUCUAGGUCAGGCACGAACCGACGUCGCGAUCAAGGACAUCAACGAGAGCGAGGCAUGGGGCGGCUGGAAAGCCAUCAAGUCGAGAGAAUUUGACGCAGCGGUGGCGCACAUCAACGAGACGGAUUGGCUCGCCGGCGACUGGUACAAGGGCAUCACGGACGUGGUCAAUACGACACGAGAGGCCGACGACGGCAUGGAAGACGAGGGUGGUGACGACGAUUCUGGGGCUCCGCUGCCUGCUCGGCGCGCGGACACGAUGCUGCAAGAAAAAUACGACUUCUUGAGCGACGCACGGAUGUCUGACUACGCCGCGUGGAAGGAUCAGAUGCUGGCGAGGAUUGGACAAGCCAUGGCAGCCGGCGGCGCCAUGGAGGUGGAUUCCUGA